GUGUAAUCCGCCCUGCCGUUUACGGUUUCCAUCCCUCUCAACCCUGGGACGGUUAGAGGGCCUCAUUAGUAGCAUAUCGAACGAAAUACCUCUACAUCCAACAAUGGACACGGAGACUUCGAAAAGCAGUGCCUGGGUGCAGACCGAUGUUGAGGAGAUGAAUCAGUACCAUGUCCCAGCCAAAUAUCUGGGAAAUGGGGCCGAUAAGCGUGAUAUGAGUGCUCUAGGAAGAGAGCAGGUGCUACGGGUGAAGAAGUCUUGACACGAAGAAAAAAACGCAAUUGAUUCAAGCAGAGCUGAUAAGAGAGAUUCUUAGAGAAACUUCAGAUUCAUCUCUAUUCUGGGAUUUGGUUGUACUCUUAUUGCGACAUGGGAGGUUAUUCUUACUCUUCUCACAGAUGGUCUUACUGAUGGAGGCACUGCUGGGUUGAUUUGGGGGUUUGUCAUUGUAUGUGUGGGUUUCUUGCUUGUUUUUGCAAGUUUGGCAGAGAUGGCAUCAAUGGCUCCCACUUCAGGAGGACAGUACCACUGGGUAUCUGAAUUCGCACCGAAAAGCUGUCAAAAAUUCCUCAGUUAUGUCACGGGAUGGCUCUGCGCAACCGGCUGGCAAUGUGCUAUUGUCUCUAUUGCAUUUCUAACAGGCACCAUCAUCCAAGGCUUGAUCGUACUCAACGACGAAUCUUACGUAUUUCAGCGAUGGCAUGGCACUCUUUUGGUCGUUGCCAUCACCGCAUUCUCCGUCUUCUUCAACACAUUCUUGGCCAAAAGACUACCAAUGGUGGAGGCCCUGAUUUUGAUCCUGCAUAUCGUCGGCCUCUUUGCCAUCAUCAUUCCUCUCUGGGUCAUGGCUCCGCGUGCAUCGGCCAAGUCUGUCUUUACACAAUUUAACAACGAUGGAGGUUGGAAUAGUCUUGGUACCUCAACCUUGGUCGGAUUUUCCGGAACAAUCACCGCUAUGAUUGGUUAUGACUGCGCUGUGCAUAUGUCCGAAGAGAUCAGGAAUGCCAGCGAAACCCUUCCCAAAGCCAUGAUGAGUGCGGUUGUGGUCAAUUCUGUCCUUGGUUUAGUGAUGCUGGUCACAAUAUGUUUCACACUGGGCGACGUUGACAGUAUCUUGACCUCUCCUACUGGUUAUCCGUUUAUUCAAGUGUUUUUUAACAGCACGGGCAGCUACGCCGCUACCAAUGUCAUGACUGCAAUAUUGAUUGUGACAUUAACAGCUAGUACAAUCACUGAAGUAGCCACUGCCUCUCGUCAGCUAUGGUCCUUUGCUCGUGAUAACGGUGUACCAUUUGGCGAAUUCUUCAGCCAUGUUAAUCCCGGUUGGAACAUUCCCUUGAACUCGGUCCUAGUCGCCCUGGCAAUCACUGCCCUACUCUCUUUGAUCAACAUUGGCUCAACGGCUGCAUUGACCGCCAUAGUUUCGUUGACUAUUACAUCUUUGAUGUCCUCCUACAUCAUCUCUAUCGGCUGCCUUCUUCUUAAGCGCAUCCGUCGUGAACCACUGCCUGAACAUCGCUGGUCACUAGGUAAAUGGGGUAUGGCUAUCAACAUUGCUGCUCUCGUGUACUUGUGCCCGGUGUUCGUCUUUGCUUUUUUUCCCCUCACUAGUACAGUCACUACUUCCACCAUGAACUGGAGUGGUGUCAUGUAUGUGGGCAUCAUCGUAUUUGCCACUGCUUAUUACUGGCUGGGAGGCAGACACAAAUUCGUGGCUCCGGUUGCCUUGGUGAAGAGAGAGCAAUGAUACUACGGUGUGCUUGGUAUUCAACUCUCAUCGCCGAGUAAAGGCUAGACGAGAUAUAGGCGUGUAUCGAAUAAAUAAACUGUUGAAAUAGAUAUACCGUUCGU